CAAGCAGCGGCUCUUGCAUCAUCCGUCAGAAAUUCACUUACUGGAGGUAGGCCGUAUCUUGUUAAAUAUGAGUGGUUCUUUGACACGACUUUGAUAUAGAUUACAAAUAUGUUGCAUGCUCCUGCUGAUCCAGGGGUGGGUAAUGUUGUCCUCUGGAUAAUUCUCGAACCGGUGGAUAGUACAGCGCUUUUUGUUAAAAUUAUCUUUGAGAUAGCUUCUCUUCUCCUUAAACAACUAGGCCCACAUGUGCAUUCAUUAACUUUUAUAUAAAUGAGGCUAGCGAAUCCGUCACUGUUCCUUUAAGUCGUACCUAGCUAAUAACUCAUUCUUGUUGUCCUCUAGUGGUAAAUAUGAAGACUGUAUUCAAGUUGUUUGCUGGUGGUUUAGUAAUCGUUUCCGCCACGGAGGUCUUGAGUGGCUGGUCCUCAUAUGACCAGCUUGUCGCUGCUGUACAGAGCUGUGUGCUUCCGGCUGGUACAAGUCUGGUUCAAAUCACUGAUGGCUGUGUGUGCCUUACAGUUCAAGCUGAAAGUUUAUCAGCGCUUACAAACUUGUGGAAGUUAUACCAGGAUGGAACUCUUCAGAAACGCCUGUACGAUUUCUUUGUCACUGAUGAGAUGAGAAAACUGGCCGAGGGAGAGGAUGUGGAGGUGAAUGUCACCAUCGAAGAAGAAGCUUGUCUCGAGUUGAUGAAUGGAGCUCAAGAAGUUGAACUCUCUGGACGAGAGGAACGAGCCCGGAGAAACUCUGAUUCAGUUCUGUAUCCUAGCGUCAAGGAGGAACUGUCAAUGUUAAAGAUGAAACGCAUCCAGGCAGCAUUUAAUCAGAGAAUUGCAUUUAUGGAGAAAGAAAUUGAAGAAGUUUCUUAG